AUGGGCCUACGCAUACUACCAACAUGUAUCAUCCUCGCGAUGCUUUUCGCGUGCGUCCGGGCAGCAGACGGGCUAGAUACCUUCUCCAACCAUCUAUUUGGCGAUUUGGGCCCGAUUCUUGCCCUGUUUGGAGAACGCGUCACGAUGCAAUUUAUGAGUCAAGCUAUGGACUGGGUAGAUUGUAUUGCCCUAGCUAUGGCUCCUAUUGGUAUCAUCACGAUCCUCAUCAGUGCCAUUCGAGUAAGCGGGCCACAGUGCCUCAAAGCUAUCAUCGGCCGGGCUCGAGAGAGUACAGCCGCUGCGGAGAUGGAGUUGAUGUCAUCGACAUCUAAAGAGGUUUGCGAGCUCUUUAAUGGCAACAGUUUCGUCCGGUGCCAAGGAACCGCCCCUGUUUGGGAGUACAUCUGCAUUAUUCCUAAAAAGGCCAAUUCCCGGGAAAAAAGGCCUUUGCAAUUCAUGACACUUGGCGAUGCAGUCGACGAGGGUCUUUUAUCGAAACAUGAAAAAGGCACGCAACCCGAUGAUACUAGCGAGUCCACUUCCACGCCGCCCAACAUUGGCAAUAAGACGCAUGGUAUAUGGGGUAACGCAGCAAUUCUUAGUAAAUGA